GGAAGGCUGUCGAUGCUACACCCGGAAGUCUCUUAGGCAGUAGGGAGAUCUGCACUGCCGGAAGCCUCACUACUAUGGGCCGAAACAAGAAGAAAAAACGUGAUGGUGACGACCGGCGGCCCCGGCUCGUCCUCAGCUUUGAUGAAGAGAAGCGGCGCUCUCCCUCUUUCUUCUCAUAGGGAGUACUUGACUGGCUUCCAUAAGCGAAAGGUGGAGCGGAAAAAGGCAGCCAUCGAGGAGAUUAAGCAGCGGCUGAAGGAGGAGCAGAAGAAGCUCCGGGAGGAGCGCCACCAGGAAUACUUGAAGAUGCUGGCAGAGAGAGAGGAGGCGCUGGAGGAAGCAGAUGAGCUGGACCGGCUGGUGACAGCCAAGACUGAGUCAGUACAGUACGACCACCCCAACCACACCGUCACUGUGACCACCAUCAGUGACCUGGACCUCUCGGGGGCCCGGCUGCUUGGAUUGCCACAGCCUGAGCAAGGGGCUGAGGACCAGUCCAAGGAGGAGGAGGCGUCCAUGGAGAAGCCAGCCAAAGCCUUACCCAGGAAGUCCAAAGACCCCCUACUGUCUCAACGGAUCUCCAACCUCACGGCAUCCCUGCAUGCACACAGCCGCAAAAAAGUGAAGAGGAAACGUCCCCGGCGGGUCCAGGACUCCACCAAGAAGCCCCCAAGUGCCACCCGCACCAGCAAGACCCAGCGACGCCGACUGACGGGCCGGACGCACCACAGUGGGGAGUGAGCCUCAAGGUCCAGGGCUGUCAUAGCGCAGCUGUCCCUGUAACCCAGCUACACAAGGUGGUGACCCCAUGGCCUGGGGCUGGGAAGCCAGGACAUCUCUUGGUCCUAGACUGUUGCCCUCCAUGCCCAGGGCCACCAGAAGAACCUGUAAAGUCAGCUUGGUUUCUCCCCUCAUGAACCCCACCAGCAACACAUCGCCUGUGCGCUUGUGUGGUUUGUGCAUCCUUCCUUGGACACCACAUCCCAUGGGGAAGCUCUGGGUAGUGGAAGUGUCAGGGCUGAGGGUCCAUCCUUCGUGUCUUCUUGAGAGGGGCCAGUGAGGUUAUGUGGGAACCCAGAGUGUACCUGCUGCUCUGGAGAGCCCACAAGGCCUUGGCCUGGCCCUUCUGUCCCUGCCACCUCCCUGACUUCUCAGUGUCAGGAAGAUAACAGGAUUGGCUGAGCUGAGGCCCUGGAUAGCACCCACCUCCUGCAGCACUGGCACCCCUGGCCACACCCCUUCCUGAACCUCCAGUGUUACUUAGGAACAUGGGGCUGUCUGUUAAUAAAUCUCAUGCACCCCUCCUGUGAGCCAUUGGUUCUCCUAGCUCUUGGGGAAAUUGAGUCACACUCAUGUGGCCAGCCCAUCCUGGGCUCAGGUAGUGGUGUCCAAACCCUUUGGAGACCCUGGCUGUUCUCCCAAGAGUACCUCUGCCCUGCACCUGGGAGCGUCCUUGCUAGAGGAUUAAGGUUGGGCCUUUAGGAGCCUCACUAGGAAGGAUGAGGUAGAGCUAACAACGGAACCAAGAAGACUAGGGAGCCCGUGGCUCACUGGAGAGCUGGGAGCAGGCCUUUAGCUCCCCCUUUGGGCCGUAUUUGACA